AGGAAUAUAUUAGCAAAUGGUGUGUGCAGAUUUAACGCUAAUGGUUUUAUUUAUUUUGCCACUUUAAUUUGUUCAAGGGUCAUAAUGACUUGAGUUGGGUUAUUAAGAAAUUGCUUCAUUUGUCUGUGUGGUUUCCUCUUGUAUCUUUCAUAAUAAUAAGUAGGUACAAGACCUUAGAUCUUAUGCUAGAGUAACUGUAGGAGUGGAAACCUGAUUUUUAUGAAAAUUAAUAUCCGAAUAGAAUGGCACUAGAAAAUGUAUCAUCAGAAAUGGAGAAUAAAACUGAGAGAGCUGGUCUCCGAACUGACAUCAAGUCACGCCUUGACAGGCUUGGUAAUCUGUAUUCAGAUAAGCCAACCCUCUCUUCACCUAUACAUCGGACAGAGCUGGAGUUCUCUGCAGCCACACCUCCAAAGCAGAAGCAAGAGCCAAGACAAACAAAGCCGGAAGGCAAAAAGAAGUUCGGUAGAUUUGCAGCACUCGCUGACCAGAUCAAUAACUGGGAGGAUGAUCUCACCCAUCAUAAUUUCCAUCCUGAAACAAGUGCAAACAAGGCGAUGCCCAAACAUAUGACCAAGCAAGAGAAAAUGGAGUCCUCAACAUUGGAUGUGUCCAUACACUCUAUCAGUGAUAUCAACAAAGCUCUCCAAACAAACGCGAAGGCUACACAGCCUAAGUUCAACGCGCACACAUUCACAAAGCCCAACAUCAACGAGUGCCAACAGCUACAGAAACAAAUAGUAGCAGAAUUGGAGCCGAGGCGCGCAUCGACAACCCCCAGUGAGGAGCCAGCCCCCGACAUGGCGACUAUGGUGGCUAGCGCGCCACCCAACCCGGUCACGAAAAAACCGUCCAUUAAGAAGUACAGGGCGCCAACGCCGCCUCACAACACAAACAACGAAGACGAAAAAGACAAAGAGAACAACGUGGUGCAAAAUGACGCCAAUGAUAACGGCGCGAGUGAUUGUAUACAAACAAAACCCGUACCGGCUGAGAAGCCGGUCAUUGAAAAGGGCUCCCCCGUAAUAAAAAAAUUGGCGCCGAAACUGAACGGCAACGUUGAUAGGAGCUCGGUUCUGUCUAAAGCUGCGAUGUUCGAAGCGGGCAGCCCGAGGGCCAAGGAUCCGGCCGAGAUGUCAUUGAGGGAACGCAAGGCCCUAUUCGAAAAAAACAAGGGAGCAGCGAUUAUUCCAAAGGCACCCUUCGGAAUGGCACCCUCCGUCAAGACACUGCACGGUGACAAUAAAGAUUUGAAAUCUGUUAAAACCCACACCAGUGCUAAGACGACGCCAACGAAGUCUAACAACUCUUCGUCGAGUAACUCUACGACUAAUUCCAAAGACAAUCUGAACGAUGAUAACAUCAGUCAGAGCUCAAUCGGUGGCGGUAUAAGAGGGAAAUUAGCGGCACUGUUCAACAAGGAACAAACGAUAAGCGAGACAACAAUAGCGAACAAAUUUAAACAGGAAAGAGAAAAAGAGAUGGAGAUGCUACAGAACAGAUUCCACUAUAAGCCAAACAAUGAAAAACCAGACCAUAAUAACGAUUCGGACGACGAUCAAAGCGAUCAUGAUCCUUCAGAGAAAGCGCCCCUCAUGGGGAGCGCAUUAAAUUUAGCGAACUCUAAUAAGAAGCCGGAGAUUAUCUCCAAUGCACCCAAAGUCACUUUCGAUGAGAAACGAGAUAUAGAGCCUGCAGUAAAAGAAAUCGAAAAGGAGAAGAUUACGACACAACCUGUUAAAAGGAGAAGUUCGCAAUCCACAGACUCACCAAUAGUACUAUCAGUUUUAGAAGACGUGAAAAGGAUAAAAGUGAACAAUAAUAAGAAGGAGGUUGAAGCCAACGGGGUUGUGACGCAACAGCCCAGCCUCUAUCCCCACCUAUCCGACAUAGAGACGGACAAUUCCCACACGCAAGACGAAUAUUCCGACUGCGGGGGAUCAAGCACCGACGAGAGAGGGCAGUGUAAUUCAAAAGACAAUCUAAAUAAAUCUGACAACUGGGCUGAAACAUCGUUUGGUAGAGAAGUCAUGAACGUGGUAAAGAAAAACAAUACCAGUUACCAGAAGGCGGUGCGUGAGAGUCUGUCGGACAGCUCUGAAGUUAACUGCGACAGCGAGCUGGACGAUAUGCUCGACGAAGCGUUGAACGAAGAUGGGCCAACCCCGCCUAAAGUAAACAAGCAAGGCAGCAUAUCGUCGUCCACCAGUUUCGUAUACCAGGAGCGGGCUAAGUUUAAAUCACCUCAGAAACCGUCGGCGCCGGCGACGGUCGGAACUCCGCGCGUCGACCGCGGCAACGAGCUCGUUCACAGCGUCAGUUUCUACCGGCGCAUGCAGAAUGCCUCGUCCACACCAUCGACGCCAGUGCGUAUAGUUCGCCAUACGUCGCCGGAACGAGAACCCGCUACCCCUGACGAACCAUCCACUGCCGUCACCACUGUGCGUCAACGCAUAAGAGAGUUGCAACAAGAAGUGGCUAAACAGCAAACAGUUAUAUCGCAGGCAAGUCAAGCCCUGAACCUCUGCGCCGCUACCAUAGAAUUCAGCGGAUCCACGGAACAGGCGGAGGGGGAAAGGCUACUGUUAUUAGCGACCCAUCGCCGUCAAGCGUGCCUCCACGAGAUCCAAAGGCUUCAAGUGGAAGGCGCUGGACCAGCAGGGAAAGCUGGCAUGGCCACACUCCACAUCGACAGCAUCACUUUACCGCUGAGGAGAGAUUAUAUGCGACAACUCAACGCUGAUGGCGCCACUGGUCACCACGUAGUCUGCCUCCUUAAGUGCCGUGACCGCGUGUUAGCCACCAGUAUGCAACUCACCCAGCCCACCGCUGCCUCGCUGCAUUUCCCCGACGAAAUACGAAUGGACGGGCUCGCUGGAGACUUUCAUGUCACAAUUGAAGUGUACAUGCUGCCAGCCUCGAAAGAAUUUCUGCCCCAUGAAGUCAAAUACCACAUCACAAACAAAAAGUCCAGUUCUAAGCUGCUCACGCCCAAGUCUAAAGUGUCGGAGCUUAAAGCGCCGCGCACACAGAGCCCGGGCGGCCCGCUGGCGGCUAGAUCGCCGCAGUUCCAACCGCACGGCUACUGCAUAUUCGCGUUACCGCAAGCUAGUAGGCGCACCUUUACGUUGAGCAAGUUACCAGCGGGCAGUCCUCUAGAAGGCAGCCUGACCGUCGACAUGAAGGCGAGGCUUUUAGUCUCGCCACCGCCUCCAUAUUCCGCUUUCCUGACGGCAUUCGAGGACGUCAGCGGAUUGGGCGCGUGGCACCGACGCUGGUUCAAAUUACGCCCGCCACUGCUCUCCUAUUGGCGGUACCCGGACGACGACAAUAAAAAGCCUCCGAUCGGGGACAUUGACCUAUCAACAGUGAUCUCCGACAAGGUGAUUAAAGCACCGCGUGAUGUCUGCGCUCGCCCCAACACUUUACUAUUAGAGUGUGAAGCUCCUUGCGGUCUAGAAGUCCCAGAUUCUUCUCUCGUUUGCUUCAAACGAUCAGACGGUAUUAUAGUAAGGAGACAUUUACUUGCAGCUGACACCCCUGAACAGAGAGACAAGUGGUUGGAAUCCCUCAAUAGGGCCCUGGAAUACUGCAGGUGCACCCCUAGUGAUGAGCGUUGAAUUUAAUUUUGUGAUUUUACAACAGAUGGCGUUGAUGUUUUUAUCCAGUUAGUGUUAGAUUCUUAGAAAUAACUACAUUCGUCAUUAAGCGAAUCCGUCUAAUAUAUGAACAAAAGGUCUUUUCUAUAUCAAACUUUAUUUCUUUUACUAAGUUAACAUAAUAAUUGUUGACUAAGAUCUUGCGUCACUUACAAAUGACUAAUCGUCAUGAUUCUCAUGACGUUUCUCGUUAAAAUAUUAACAAGCAUCUAACACGUUACCAUAAUAAUUAACCAAAAGUUAUAAUAUUCAUUUAAUAAAUUAUAGACAUUCAAAUUGUUUAUGGCAAAAAUUAUCUGCAAUAUCGCUAUAUUAUUAUACAGCAUUGACGACCAACAAAAAUAUAUAAAAUAUUUUCAUAAUUUCAUUCAUGCAAUUAACAACAACGCCAUCUGUGACAUUCUUACAAUACGACGGACUAACAUAACUGUAUUUGAGAACAUCACGUUACAAAAUACUCUUUAAUAACUUAAUACUGACUGACUGACACUUACAAAGCCAGGUGCUUUAUUAGUUUCGUAAUAAGUUGAUAGAAUCUUUCAAAUCAUUGACUAUGUCAAAGGCAUACAGUUUUUAUUAAACUAGAAAUAAAAUGUAUGAUAUUUUUUAGUAUAUUUUUUAUAUAUAUACGAAAUAUAAACAUUGAUGACAAAGGACACAUUUCGACCUGAUUGGCAAUAUUAAAUUAUGCAAUAUUGUCCAUACAAAAGUAAUUAGGUACUAAAUUUAUUGUGGUUUCUAUUUGAUUUACCUAUAUCAGUUCAUACGGAACACAACUUCGGCGUUUCUAGUGUUAAAAACAACACUACAUUAGUAUUCUUAAGAAUACCCAAGUAUUUCUUCUUUUAGGUUCGAAAUUGCUUACAAUUUUUAGACUAAAUUAUGUUACUGUGUUUCUGUUAGGUUUUGUUAUAACAUAGAUUAUAGUUGACUGAGUUACUUAGCUUUAAUUAAGUCUCGUAUAUUAAGAGUUCUUAUUAAAAUUAAAAAUUGGUAUUUGAGUGUAGGAGUGUUGUUUGAGAUCUUUUGUUGUACGGCUAGAAAUAUCUCUUCGGACUUUGAAUGAAGACCUAUUGGUACAAAAUAAUUGUAAUGUAUGUCUAGAGUAAAAUAUCGUUAUAAAAAUCAAGAUACUGGGGAUUCAGUUUUUGUAUCAUUAUAUUUUUUGGAAAUUGGUACUUUGUAUAAUUUUUAAAUAUACAAUCAUUCAUGUCACAUAACUAUGUUUAUUAUUCCAUAUUUUUAAAUAAAUGUAAAAUGCAAAUAGAAUUCGCUUUUAUUAAGAUACUUAUGUAGCAAUACAAAAAUUGUAUAAUCUAUUUUUAAUACGCGUGUACAUAAAAUCAAUUUAUUUCAAUAAAAUACUUUAA